GGAGGGGGGGAAGAAGGGAAGGGAGGAGGAGGAGGAAUUUCCAAGAUUGGACUCCUCGCUGCUUCUCGCCUUGUUUUGCUUUCGAUCUGGCGUCAGGACUAAUCCCCGCCAAAUACAGAGGAGGAAUAACUUUUAGUUUUGCUCCCGCGAUUUAUUCCGCCGCCGGUUUUCCUUUCCAUUUUGCGUCUCUUGGCAACCGUGACAACCUUGAGGAAUUACAUAAAUACCGGGAAACACAUAAUUGACCAAGCAUGGAAACAGUGACAAGAUUCCAUGCCCUAUGGAUGGAGCAAGACUGGCAUCCAUAAACUUCGUGAUGAUUGACAAACUCAACUAAAAUAGGAAACAAUGCCUGUGGAAAGAAUGCGAAUGCGGCCAUGGCUAGAGGAACAAAUAAAUUCAAACAAAAUCCCAGGGCUGAAAUGGCUAAAUCAGGAAAAGAAGAUUUUUCAGAUUCCUUGGAUGCAUGCUGCACGUCACGGGUGGGAUGUCGAGAAAGAUGCUCCUUUAUUUCGGAAUUGGGCCAUUCACACUGGAAAGUACCAGCCAGGAGUCGAUAAAGCAGAUCCAAAGACAUGGAAGGCCAAUUUUCGAUGUGCGAUGAACUCCUUGCCAGACAUAGAAGAAGUUAAAGACAAAAGCAUCAAGAAAGGGAACAAUGCUUUUAGAGUGUAUCGGAUGCUGCCAUUAUCUGAGAGGCCUUCUAAGAAAGGAAAGAAACCAAAGUCUGACAAGGAAGAUAAAAUUAAACAAAUUAAGCAAGAACCAGAGGAGUGCUCUUAUCAGCUGAGUAAUGGAACAAGUCCAGAAUUUCCUAAUUACUGCUUGUCUUCAACAAUAAAAACUGAAGUCGACAGUACAAUAAACAUUGUAGUUGUAGGAGAAUCACACUUUGAGGUUGAUUCCGGGGAUCACAUGAUCGUUCCCAAUCCUCCAGACGUUUGCCAAGUAGUAGAGGUAACAACAGAAUGUGAUGACCAGCCCAGCUGCAUGAGUCAACUAUAUCCACUACAAAUAUCUCCUGUCUCCUCUUAUGCAGCAGAAAGUGAAACAACAAAUAGCAUCCCGAGUGACGAAGAAAAUGCACAAAGUCAACUUCAAUGGCAAAAGAAAAACAUUGGUGGGAAGCAAUAUUAUAGCAAUUUGGGCACAAGGAAUCCACCUUACCCACUUCCUAGUAUGGCCACCUUUGUGACUUCUAACCAACCUGACCUCCAGGUGACCAUCAAAAAAGAAAGCAGCUCAUGGCCUUCUUUGCCAGAUCACCCUCUCCAACAAAUAGUUUGCUCCGCUUCUACCAGCUACACUAGCAGGCCUCCAGAUCAUGAAAACCGGGCAAGUGUCAUCAAGAAAACCUCAGAUAUCACUCAGUCAAGAGUCGAGAGCAGCUGAGCCAUUCACCGAUAUGUUCCUGGCAGAUGGCAUCUUAUGGCUUUGAGGAGCAUAUCUAGUGGGAGCUCUACAAAUUUAAGGAAAACCUGGAUAGUACAGGAUAUGACUGUGUAUCAACUCCAUCAUUGGAACAUCUUAAACUCAGGACUCUGAUUAUCAGAAUGUCGGAGUUCCAAGAUUACAGCCCAGGGAAUGGAGGUUCACUUAGAAGUGUUUUGCCAAGCUUCCUCAAGUAUCCCUACCAACAGUCCCCCAAACAGAAGCACUUCACUUCUUGCAGCCACCAUAAUGAACUCCAAACUUUUGGAAGGAAAGAGAAAAUGUGAACUCGCUGGAUAUUUUUUUCUGCAGAAUAUAUUGUUAAUAUGUACAUAAUGCAGCACUAGCAAUAUUGCAGUCUGCUUUCGCACCUUAUUAAAAAAAUAGCACUUGCAAAAAAGGCCUUUUAUUAAUUAAUGGCACAUUUAAAGCUCCAGGUUUGAUCUCUCCGAGGGCUUUUCUGACAUAUGUAGCCUUGGAAUCUGGAAAUAAGAAUUAAAAAGGAAGGUAAAACUUCCCAUGUACAUUUCACAGAUUGUUUUGAAGAGUGCUUGUCUUAUUUGUGUCUAAUCUGCUAUGCUUGAAAUCUGUGUGGUACAAAUAGAAGAAAAUCUAUUACAGAUAUAUUAUGCAAAUUCCUAGGUUUUAAAGAAAUUUUUCCCUAAUUCUAACCAGAGUAAGCUUUUUUAUUUUUUUAUACAGUGGAAUAUUUUAUUCAAAGUAAAAUUCUAAAGUGAAUAUAAUUGUUUCAAGUUUUUUAUCUUUUCUACAGGAAAUUUAUAAUUUUACAAUUUAGUGUUUGGUUGUCAGCAGCUAUCACAUCUUUGUGGCACAUUUCUUUUUUCAUUUUCUCCCUCUCUUCCUAUCUUUUUCUCUUUUUUACAAUUUGUAAAAGUGAAAUAAUGAGUUUUAUGUAGCAAUCAAAAUAUCCUGUGGAUUGAUAAUAAAUAUUACAUAUAGCUAAUUUUUAAAUAAAUACUUGUCUACAUUC